GAAACUUACCUGCAGUUCGGCAGCAGAGGUGAGGCGUUGCCAUGGUGACCGAGCUGCGAGCUCUGAUCCGCACCUGUUUCCGCAUUCCGUCAUCGAUGUGCACGCGCGUGGAGGGGGCGGGAGGCAGCGGGCCGUGAAUGUGGUCGGAGCGUCGGUCUGCAGAGGCGGAGGACUGUCGGUGCUGACAGGCGCUCCGGUGCCGGACGGUCCUUUCGGUCCACAGCGGAGAAAGACGCAGCAGCUUCAGCGCGGCGAAUCUUCUGAUCUGCGGUUGAUCUUCUCGCUACACUUCAUGAUGGAAGACAAAGGCGGAGGGGAGAAGGUCGUGACCCCCGCGAGAGCCUGCAGUCCACAGUAUGUAGACAGACGGGGAAGUGCACUGAGAGGGAAAGGCGACAGGAAGAGCAUCAGGUCUGACGCCUCCAUCCAUGAGGCGUCGAGCUGCACCGAGAGCGAGCGAGCGCUGAGGGAAAGGGCGGGGCUUCCAGGUGAAGGCGGGCCUCUGAAAGAGGAGAGUGUUGGAGAGAACCGCCUGCCAGAGAAAGCGGCUCAGGUGUUCAGUCCGGCGGUGACCGUCCUUCCCUCACACGCAGCACCCAAAGAUGAUGCGGCAUCUUGGGAAAUGGAGUCUGAGAAGAGUCCCUUCCUGAACUACACAGGGGGGGGCUACGACCAGCAUGCCUUCCAGUAUGAGUGGACUGAGAGGAGAGCACCAACCAGACGGGGUCUGUGUUGUUCCGGCGGAGACAUGUUAAAGAUGGGCGUGUCCUUGAUGAUGUCAGCAAUAAUCUUCCCGGUCCUGGUGUGGGGGGGCUUUGCCUUCCUGCCCUUUGAUGCCCCUCUGCUGGACAGCGCCCCCCUCAGGCUGGUCUACACACUGCGCUGCUCUGUGUUUGCUGCAGCGCCAAUCGUUCUUGGUUGGCUGGUUCUGGGUGCCAGUCGGCUCAAGUCGGGUUCUACCCAACCCUUGUUUGACGAGAACCUGAAGGAGGCGGAGUGUAAGGAAGUCACUGUGCACCAGCGCUUCAUCACAGACUCCGCCUCCCUGUUCCUGAUCCACUUCCUUCAGUUGGUUGUCAUGGCAAUGUACCUAACCCAGGAGCAGCUGAAGCUCAUCCCACUGCUGACUAUUGUUUUUGCCUUUGGACGUCUGGUCUACUGGGGGGCUGCAGCCUUUGGUAGCAGCAUCCGAGGUUUUGGUUUUGGGCUGUCCUUCCUGCCAGGACUGGUCAUGAUGGCUGCAAACUUCUACUUCAUCUUUGUGGUGGAGGCGGAGGGCUCUGUCUUCAGCGUUCAGGAGCCUCCAGCGCUGGCCCCGCCCCCUGGCAAACAGAGGUUCUGGGGCUGACUCCUGCCGAGUAACAGCACCGUGAUGUUUUAACCAUUCUGUUUGUUUAAAGGGUAGGGCAGCUUCCACUUUCUUCACAUAAAUAAUCUUGUUUACGAUUAUUUGAUCUAGUUAUUCUUCUACUUGUUUUAUAAGCUUUCAAUUGCUUUUGUAAAAAUGAUUUUAGGAUGCUAAAAUAUUUUAAAACUACAUUUAUUUUUAUUUGGUAGUCUAAGUUUCACAAUAAAACUGUAAAACCUA